UCUCAUUACUGUACUGGUCUGUCACCAGGGGGCAUGCAUACAAUAAUACACUUCAGGAAACAUCAUUCGUUCAACAUUUGUUUUUUAAGAGUGCAAUUCAAAUGCAACCUGGAUCCGUAGGAAGACGAUUACCGUUACAUUUGGUUCAUGCCAGCAGAACAGUGUUGAACCGGCGUGCUAUUCUGAGAGAUUUCUAAUUGCAAUUUUGUUGCAGCCGGGAUUUUGCGGACUCUGUCGCUCCAGCGUUGUUGUGAAUUGAUCUAACAUGGCGACUGUACCAGUUUAUUGCAUCUGUAGAUUACCUUACGACGUAUCCCGCUUUAUGAUCGAAUGCGAUGCCUGUAAGGACUGGUUUCACGGCAGCUGCGUUGGCGUGGAUGAAGAGGAAGCGCCAGAUAUUGACAUCUAUCACUGUCCGAACUGCGAGCAAUCCCAUGGCAAGUCCACUUUGAAAAAGAAAAAGAAUUGGCACAAAAAUGACACAGGGCAAAGUAGAGAGGUGAAGAAGCCUGUUCUGAAUGGCAGUCAGAUGUUUAUAAUGGAACUCAGAAACAGGACAUUCCCAAGUUCUGAAGAUGUGGUGGUAAAGCUGAAUGGAAGCCAGCUCACACUGGACUAUAUUGAAGAGAAGGGCUUCACAGAACCCAUCCUGGUCCCAAAGAAAGAUGGACUCGGAAUGUCAUUACCUGCCCCCACGUUCUAUGUCAGUGAUGUAGAAAACUACGUCGGUCCAGACAGAGUUGUGGACGUCAUUGACAUGUCCAAACAGACAGAGUGCAAGAUGAAGCUCAAGGAGUUUGUUGACUAUUACUACAGCACAAACAGAAAACGAGUGUUGAACGUGAUAAGCUUGGAGUUUUCUGACACAAGAAUGUCCAGUUUUGUGGAGAGUCCUGAGAUCGUCAGAAAGCUGUCCUGGGUGGAGAAUUACUGGCCUGAUGAUGCACUCCUUGGAAAACCCAAAGUCACCCAAUACUGCCUGAUCUGUGUGAAGGACAGCUACACAGACUUCCACAUAGAAUCAGGGGGAGCGUCCGCAUGGUACCAUCCACUCAAAGGAGAUAAAAUAUUUUUUUUGAUCAAACCGACUUCUGCAAACCUGUCCCUUUAUGAGCACUGGCGUUCCUCGUCCAAUUACAGUGAGAUGUUUUUUGCUGACCAAGUAGACAAGUGUUACAAGUGCACUCUGAAACAAGGACAGACUUUAUUUAUUCCUUCAGGCUGGAUUUAUGCAACGCUGACCCCAGUGGACUGCCUGGCUUUUUCUGGGCAUUUUCUUCAUAACCUGAGUGUUGAAAUGCAGAUGAGAGCAUAUGAAGUGGAAAAACGAGUGAGAAUUGGCAGUCUUACCCAGUUUCCCAACUUUGAAACUGCGUGCUGGUACGUGGGCAGGCAUCUGCUGGAGAGAUUCAAAGGCUUGCACAAAGCAGGGAAGCAGCCGCUGCCUCACUUGGUUCAAGGAGCCAAAGUCCUUAAUGGGGCUUUCAGGUCCUGGACUAAGAAACAGGCUCUUCUUGAACACGAAGACGAACUUCCAGAAAACAUGAAGCCAUCACAGCUUAUCAAAGACCUUGCCAAAGAAAUCAGAAUUGCAGAGAAUGCAUGUAAAGCCAUGAAGGUGGAACUGAGUGCCAGCGUACCCGUGGAGGAGCCUCCUGCAGUGGAGCUGGAGGAGCUGGAGGGGCCCGGGCAGCCUGUGUCCCCCAUGUCCCCUGUAUCUCCCGUGCACAUCCCAUCACCGCCCCAAGAGAAGCCCUCCCGCAAGAAGACGCCCAAGACGGCCAAGACGCCCAAGACCCCCAAAACGGCCAAGACCCCCAAAACGCCCAAGACCCCCAAGGCUGUGAAAAAUACAAAAACUCCCAAAACGAAAGGAGGAGGCAAGAAAAAAGGGAAGAAAACAAAAGAAAGCUUCGCUUCCCCCACCACGCCCACCCUGGACGUCCUGGAAGCACACACACAAGAGGCUCUGACGAAAACAGAAACGCCAAAGAAAGGGAAGGCUGCAAAGAAUGUGUUGAUCAUGUCAGAGAAAGAGUCCAUCAGUAAGCAGAAUGAGCUGGAGAAGCUUGAGAUCAGAGAGCAGAACAAGAGCAAAACUGAAGCUAAAUGGAAAUAUAAGAACAGUAAACCGGAUUCAUUGCUAAAAAUGGAGGAAGAACAGAAAUUGGAAAAGACACCAUUAUCAGGAAACAAAGACAACAAAUUUGCAUUUUCUUUUUCAAACAAAAAAUUGUUAAGUUCUAAAGGGCUAAAACCACAGACGAAUUCAAGUGUAUUUGGAUCAUUACAAAACCUGAAGGAAGAUAAAGUGAAGCCAGUCAGGGAUGAGUAUGAAUACGUCUCAGAUGAAGGAGAACUGAAAAUUGACGAGUUCCCAAUAAGAAGAAAAAAUAACACCGCAAAAAGAGAUAUUUCUUUUUUAUCGAAUAUAAAAGAGCCGAUUCAGCAGGCAAAAAAACCAAAGCUUCAACGUACACCCGCCAAGACUGAUGAUUCCUCAGAUGAAGGGUCGCUUCACAUUGACACAGAAACAAAGACGGAAGUUAAAGGUCGAAAUUCAAAGGUCAAGAAGGAAAGUGGUAAUGCUGCGGGAAUACUGGAUCUCUUACAGGCCAGCAAGCAAGUUGGAGAAAUUGAUUACAAUGCAAACAGUCCGCCACCUGCUUCUCCCAGCACACAGGAAGCCAUCCAGGGGAUGCUGUCAAUGGCCAACCUCCAGUCUUCAGACUCCUGUCUACAAACCUCUUGGUCCAACAACCAAUCAAAAAACAACUCCCACACUACGCAGUCCUCCAAGAAGACAGGCAACGGCAACAACAAGAGGCCCGCCAAGCGCCCGGUGAAGAAAAGCGCGAAGAGCAGCAGUGUGGACAGCGGGGAGAUGUUUGAGGACGAACAGGACCACCUGCAUGCGUGUUUCAAAGAUUCGGAUUACGUAUAUCCAUCUCUUGAGUCAGAUGAAGAUAAUCCCGUUUUCAAAUCCAGAUCAAAGAAAAGGAAAAGUUCAGAUGAUAUACCUUACAGCCCAACAGCCAGAGUAGGUCCAUCAGUCCCCCGACAAGACAGACCUGUUCGUGAAGGAGCUCGAGUGGCUUCGAUAGAAACCGGUCUAGCGGCUGCAGCAGCCAAACUCUCCCACCAGGAACAACAAAAAACCAAGAAGAAGAAAAAUACCAAAAAGAAGCUCUCGUCGGACGAUGCAAAUAAAAUCCCUCAGGAAAGCAGUUCACCGGAGCCCAAGCUGGAGUCCCACGGAAGCAGUCUAGAGGAUCACGAAUAUACGGCUGGGGCCUCCAAGACCCCCGGCGCUCCACAACCCAUGGCUCCCGGAGUGUUCCUCACACAGAGGAGGCCGUCCACUUCAUCUCAGAACAGCGCAUCAGCCAAAGCCAAACGGCUUAAAAAAGGCAUGGCUACUGCCAAACAGAGACUGGGGAAGAUUUUGAAGAUUCAUCGUAAUGGGAAACUUCUCCUGUAACAUCGACAGUGCAAGACUUGGACUGUGUCGCUGUGAAAUGACCUGAACCUGACUUUACUCCUGUUCACUGGUUUUAAGGACUACAGCAGCAAACUGAACCAUAUGGGGAAUAAAACAGGUUACGUUUUUUCAGUUUUUAAGAAGAAUAUAGCUCAAAAAUAGGUUUUUGCCUCUACUUAUACUUUAUAACUUUCAGAUAUCUGCUAUAAAUAUUUUUAAAACAAAAUGUGUGUCUCAAUUUACUACAACUUUUAGUUUACCAAGGGUUGCUGAAGAACAUUGUAGACCAUUCCAAACUUCUAGAAAGUAUCCCCAGCAUUUAUUUACUUAGAUGCAUAUUUCUUGAGGAAAAUAAAUAAAUAAAUGUGUAGUGCUUUUAAUUUCAAGCAUUCUAAACCAUUUCACCUGGAUGUGACUUGUCAAACAGCUGGCAAAUGCAAAACCAGUUGUCAAAACUAUCAGAGCUCUUUUGCACUGUUCUUGAUGUCAAAAUUGUCGGAAAAAGGCAAAAAAAAAAAAAAUCCUAUUGCAACUACUGUUAAGAAGGUAAAUCAUAAGAGGGUUAUGGUUAACACUGAAGCCCCUGUCACACUGGCAUGCUCUACCCGGGGUGACAGAUGCAAGUACACAAUGCACGUAUCAAUGCCCCGGAAGCAGCUUGU